AGGUGAGGUGAUGCACAUUGAAGUCAGAGGAAAGACAAAAACGUUUAAAGUUUUAAUAAAGUGCCCACUGAUUCGGUCUACAUGGUGGAUAAUCGACAAGCAAAACCUAUGUUUGUUUUGACAGGAAUCCUUUUCUUCUGGCAAUGUUCUUAAAAUGACAGCAAGUUAAUUUAGCGACAGACUUCAUGAACUCAAGUUCAAAGAUAUAACAUGGUCUCUGCACGCUCUUUGUUCUUUAACUCAAUUGAGUCUAGUUGGGUCCAGGGACGUUCUGGUGACAUGUCCAGUGUGUUUAGCUGCUCUUGACCACUAAACAUUGGUGAUGGCCGCCAGUUCCCCCAUGACUCUGCAAUAUUAAGCAGUUUAGAUGAUGGACAGAGUCCAGCUAAGCGCUGACCUGUAUUUUUAAAGCAAAAAUAACUUCUGUUUAUGUGGGGACACGUGAGGUUUAAACCUGUAAGUCAUCUGCAUACAUAAGGCUAUGAUUGUAGUCUGUAAUCUUAUUGUGCUCCAUAAGUGAUGUUUAACUAAUUGUUUGAAGAAAAAUACUUCCAUCCCAGCAGAAACCCUCAUCCAGACUGCCACAUAGGAUCUUGAGGACCUUGAAUAAAAAUCCACCUGUUUCCAGAACUGUAACCUGAAACAGUUUUCACAAGGAAAGCACACAUCAGGUCCAGACAGAAACACCUUGCAGUAAUAUUUGAUUUUCCAGUUAGUUAGGAAGAAAUACAAGAAUAAGUACAGACAGUUGAUUCAGUCUUGUCAUCUUCAUUAUAGGAAAUUGAGUUAAACGUUUAUCUUAUAGUAUGUGGCUAAGAUUUAUUUGUGAAAGUAGGAUAUCAGUUCAUGGCUCUGCAUUUCUGGUGUUCUUAAGAAACAGUUUGUUGUCUUAAGUCUCCUUCCCUUCUGUCUUUCUCCAGUUUAAAUUUAAAGAAUGUCCAUCCAUAAGGUGAAACAUGGUGGUGACAGUAUCAGGCUGUGGAGAUUAUUGGUUUGAAGAUGGAUGGAGCUAAACAAGGGUCAACAACACUGAAACCCACCCCCAGCAAAAAGCUAAAAAAAAAAAAGUAGUCAGAGUUUAAAGGGAACUCCUUAAAUCAGAGCUUAUUCGUGAGUUGGAAUGGUCCAGUCAAAGUUCACACUUGAAUUGAUUUAGACCCGUUCAUAGACCCGUUCAAUGCCGCAUCAUAUCCACAGUAAUGCUACAAAAAAUAAUAUACUUUAAUUUUGUACGUUUAACGUGAUAAAAUGAAACAACAAAAAAGUCAUAAACUCUCUCGUGACAAGUAGGCCUCCUCUGUAACUGGAAUGGAGGGAUAUAUUUAGGGAAAAUAUGUCCCGGCGACGUCUGCUAGGCGUCACGUGUGUUUGCACGUGACUCACUAACCCGGAAAUAGAUUGUCUGACUGGGUGUGUUGAUGUCAGGACAAAACGUGUGUUUACUUAUUUUAUUGUGGCUUUCGUUGUUUUGACACCGUAAAGGGGCAAAGCAGAGAGGUCCGUCCUUCGCCGGCGUUGUAAAGUAUGGACAAAGACAAGAGCAGCGAUAAUCAUGCCCAGUGCUCCUGGAUGGAGAUGCACCAGUACAUCAGUGAUCUGCUCUCAUCUGGAAACCAGUCCAAAAACUCGCCAGAUGUGAGAAACGCGGCGUGGGGGACGACAGCUGUGGCUGUUGCUGCUGGCGCGCCUUUCGGACUCAAAGCGUCCUCGCUGCAACCCCUUCAGCCUCUGCAGCCAGUCCAGGAGAGGAGAGAGGCAGCCCCGGGCAGACCGGUCCAUGCGGGGGCAACACACAGGAGGGGAGAGGACAGAGACAGAGCAGAAGGUGGCAUCAAAUAUGGUUCGGAUGAGCAUCAGGCCUGCACCUGCCCCGGCUGUCCUUUCUUUAGCGCCCCAUCCUCCUUUGAAACUUUAACAUCCCGACAGUCGCUGUCCUCAUCUCUAUUAGCUCAAGCUUCAUGCCAGCCCAAAGACCUGAGCAUGAACCUGUGCUCUCCAGACACCACCGGCGCCGCGAUGGAGCAGGAGUCCAGGCCGUCCGACCGACCACAGACCAACGAUGCGGACAGAGGGACCCGGAGCCAGAACCAAAACCUCGACACUCCCUUAAGACCCUCAGCAGGCUCUUUGGCUCCUCUCUCCAUGUUUCCCUGCUUCUGUUGCCACCGAGGAGUACAAACCUGCGCUCACCUCAUGAACAGUCAGGAAAGCGCCGACUCCCCCUUUUCCCACACCCACGCCCACCAUCACUUCCAUCACCACCACUGCCCCAUAUCGUCGUGUGUUCCCUGCCCUCAGCUGGCCCACUCUGCACAGCUGUCUGCUGCCAUUCCCUGCCUGUCCUGCCGAUGCUCGCUUCCCACCUGUCCUCAGGUCUGCCGCCAUCAGCACAGAGAAGCCCAGCAGCAGCAAGAGGAACGAGGAAGACCCCUUCUGUCUCUGCAUCCCUGCAUGCACUGCCCCGCCUCUUUUUCCAGACCCUCUCAGCUGCUGCAGCACCAGCGCUCCGAGCACGCCCAUAAGCAGCCAGGCUUCCUCUGCACGGAGUGCGGCCGAGCCUUCAACUCGCACAGCAACCUCCGCAUUCACCUGAACGUGCACACCGGCGCCCGGCCCUACUCCUGCACUGACUGCGGUAAGAGUUUCAGCCAGUCAGGAGCUCUGAAGAUCCACAAGAGGAUUCACACAGGUGAAAGACCGUAUUCCUGUGACUUUUGCGGCAGGGGGUUUCCCCAUCUGGCGGGGGUGCGGGCCCACCUGCGGACUCACACAGGGGAGAAGCCCUACAGCUGUUCCCUGUGUGGGAAGUGCUUCACCCAGUCAGGAGCUCUUAAGAUCCACACCCGCAUCCACACAGGAGAGAGGCCCUUUGUCUGCAGCCUCUGUGGGAGGGGCUUUUCCAAUCGCUCUGGGAUCCGCUUCCACUAUCGCACAGUCCACUGCCUGUCAGCUGAACAUGACGGGGAGGCGAGACCCAAAACAACGGGAUGCUCUCCGGGCCGUCCAAGAACUCUGCCUUCGACCAGAGGUGGGCCUGUGACUGACAGGGCUUCAACUUCAAAUCCUCUCAGUUCCACAGAACUGAUCCCUACUAACCAUGGGAGGAUCCCAACUAGUGGAAAUGAGAGCAGGUCACCAGCAGAAGGAGCGGGCAGCAGCAGAGAGGAGUUGCCCUAUGCCUGCGAGGAUUGCGGACUGCGUUUUAAAGACGCCCCGACCAGGAAUCGACAUCAGACCCUGGAGCACUACUCGGGUGGACAGCCGGGUGGAGGAGGGGAAUCGGGGACAAAGGAGUGAAAAUGUUCAGAAUCAAAACGAAUGAAAGCAUAUUAACGUUGGUGUCGGUGCCUUGCAAAAGUAUUGACAUUCCUUGAAGUUUUUCCCAAUUUUGCCAAAUUACAACCACAUAAUUCAGUGGUUUUUUGGGGGGAUUUUGUUUUAAAGGCCAACCCAAAUUGUUGCAUGAAAAGAAAGUGAAGGUAAAUGGAUAUAUCCAUCCAUCCAUCCUUUCAUCCAUUUUCUUACACCCUUAUGCCUUUGGGGUCGGGAGGGUGCUGGUGCCUAUCUCCAGCAGUCAACAGGCGAGAGGCGGGUUACACCUGCAAGUUCAUCGCAGGUAAAUUGAUAUAUAAUUUACAAAAUCUUUCACAAAUAAUCUGAAGUGUGAAGUCCAUUUCUAUGCAGCUACCAGAGUUACUACUUUGAAGAACUUCUUUUCUCUCUCAUUACAGCUGCAGGUCUGUACGGAGCCCUCUAGGGGACAUGGGGAAUUUUUUUUCUUUUGCG